AUUCUAGAAUGAACCAAUGGAAACACAGAAACAUACGUGCACGGAAAUAAAGGAGACAAAGUGACCCUACCUCUGUCCGUACACUUGCAGGGAUGGAUUUUUAAAAAUACAGAAACAGACGUGCACGUAAAUAGAGAGGGUAAAGUGACCCUGCCUCCGUUCGUACACACUUGCAGGGCUGCAGCGUUUGCACAAGCAUAUCGCGUGCUAGCCCAAUUGCUAAUUUAGCUAGCUGUAGGCCCUAGCUAGCAUCCAAUAUUUGUUUUCCCCAAAAGUCGUCGACAUGUCAGCUUUUUCAGAGGCAGCGUUGGAGAAGAAACUAUCGGAGCUUAGCAACUCCCAACAAAGUGUUCAGACACUGUCACUUUGGCUUAUCCAUCAUAGAAAACACUCGAAGACCAUCGUCAACGUUUGGUUCAACGAAUUGAAAAAAGCCAAGGUAUCCAGGAAGCUCACCUUCCUCUACCUUGCCAACGAUGUCAUCCAGAACAGCAAGAAGAAAGGACCCGAGUUCACCCAGGACUUUGCUCCUGUCAUCGUUGAUUCCUUCAAACACGUGUCCAGGGAUGGAGAGGAUGGAUGUAAGAAACAGCUGGGCCGGGUUCUGUCAAUCUGGCAGGAGAGAGCGGUGUAUGAGAACAACCUGCUGGACCAGCUCUCACACGUUCUGCUGGGAGAGAAGGCCAAGAAGAGGCCGUAUGAGGAAAUUCAACUGGAUGACCAGGACAUGGCCUCCCGGAGCUCCCCAGCAGAGCCCCCACAGACGGCAGAGUUAAUCCGGGCCCUGCAGGAACUGGAGAAUUCCGCCACUGGGGACUCGGCGCUGUGUCAGCGGAUCUCCUGCCUGCCUGCUGAGGUGCUGGACACGUCACUACUGCACAGGAUCACAGAUAAAGAGCAGGGCGAGCGCCUGUCCAGGCUGGUGGAGGAGGCUUGCUUGUUGCUGGCAGACAACAGCGGACGUUUAGCGGCAGAGGUCGAUGACCGGCGGCAGCUCACACGCAUGCUCACCCUGUUUCUACACAGCCAGAGGGAUGGCCUGGCCCAGAACGAGCAGAAACUAGAAGAGUACAAGCGCAAGCUGGCACGGGUGACCCAGGUACGGAAGGAGCUGCGUACUCGUCUCAACAAUCUACCAGACCUCUCUCUGCUUCCCAGUGUGACCAGUGGACAUUUGCACCUGCCCUCAUCUGGUGUCGAACUUUAUGACCCCACAGCCUGACAGUUCACCUGUGCUUUUCACCCAUGACUGACCACCCACCCUCUGAUUGACAUCUCUCACCAUAUCGUUUAACAUCUGGACUUCAUUGCACUACUUACUGUUUGACCUAGGCUCUCUCCUAUCUUUCCCCAUGUAGUCAUGUUUAUCAUUGCUCCCUGACCGACACUGUCCAUGCCUCUCUUACCAGUCAUCAUGUAACCCUCCCUCCUAUUUGCCAAUAAUCUCUCAUCUUUUCACAACGAUAGAUCAUUUGUCUGAUAUAUAAUAUAUAUAGAAUUGAUAUAUCCUAUGCUUUCACAUCUAUUGCUAUUUAUUGAAAAGCAUGACCCAGGUUUUCCAUACAUAAUGAACUCUCUUUCUUCCCCUAUUCUGUUCUUCCUCUGAAUACAUGGAUACAGUGAUUCCCUCUUGGCUUUUACCGACAGUCUUCCCAUGAUAUUCCUUUUCUGUUUUCCCCUCUCUACCUAACCCCAACCUCCCGAAAAUGGUCAGGAAGAUAUUGUUGUGAUAUUAUUUUUGUAUCGACAGGUAUAGUGAAUUUAGAUAGCACCAGAAAUUGUAUACUGAAGUAGUCCCAAUGAAUACAUCCCCUCUGUAUGGUAUCAUUAUAAUCAGCUGCAGUAUUUUAUUACAAAUGAUUAUCUUUGUGUUGUUUUAUAACUGUUCUAAAGUAUUCCCAUUAUGCGGACACAGCUCAUGGGUUUUAGAUCUUGCUCUUGGGUGCUUCACUAAUAGCAGGGAUUGUUUCUGUUUAAGUUCUAUAUCAAUGGCCUUAAAAUAGUUAAGCAUGUUCAGAGAAGUUCUCUUGCCCAGAUUUAAUUGCAAAAUUAAAUAGUUGGGAAAUGUUAGGUUACUGUUAAAAGUAACAGGUUUGAAUAUGUUUCACUUGUUUUGAGAAAAGCUUUUGAGAAAACAGAAACAUGCAUUGUUCAUUGUAAACAUUGUUCUUGAAGCGGAUAACCAAUUUAUUUAUUUUUACCACAUAGACAAAGUUGCAUGUAAAUACCAGGAACCAAUUGGUUUUAUCUUGUAUGGUCGUUAUGGGCUCUCCAAAACCUGCUAGUCAUUCCAAAAAAAUCCUUGAGUCUCAUUGCAGAUGCAGCUUUAUAGAAGUUGAAGGUCUCCAUAAUAGUUGAAGCCUUUCCCAUUUUGGAACAAGUGAGUUGAGACAUCAGUGUUGUGUGCUUGUUUACUGUAUUAUUUACUGCCCCUUGGCUUUAACCUCUAGUGAAUGUUGUUCAGCCGCCUAUGACAGCUAUGCUCUUUAAAGAACUUGAAGGGGCCCACUGUUUGCAAAACCAUACCUUAUAACUUACUUGACUGAUUUGAAAGUGUUCAUUGAAACACAUUGUUGUAACGCGUUCAGUUCUCAGAACCAAAUAAACAGCAAAACAGAGGAUAAUCUA